CCUCAAAAACUAGCUUUCAGUUUCCAAUUUGAAACCCUUAUACAGUACCAACUGCAACACCAGAUCCCGGCAGCGGUUUCAACGCCUCCCUCGACCACCGGGGAGGCGCCGCCAAAGCAGGUGGCGCUGGCAAUGGAAAGGCUGAGCCAUGCCGCCCGGCUCAUCGCCGACAUCCGCCUCAGAGCUAAUCGCCUCCUCGAAGCCCUAUUUUUCGCCGCAGAGCCUCAUAAAAGAUCUAAGCCCCUUGUUUUGUUCAUUAAAGAAGACUCCGUCCGCCAAUUCCAAGACCUUCGCUCAAUUGUUCGACAAUUGCCUGGGCGUGCCGCCGUCUCCACUGACGAAACCCUCGCGUUUCUUUCGCCUUUUCCAUACCGACCUUAUCAGUGGAGAUUGUUUGAGGAAAAUGCUACUUUUGGAUUAGUUGCGAAAGCUGCAGUGGGUGGUUGUCUUCAUCUUGAAUUGCAUGUCCUUAACUACAAGAAUUGUGUAGAACAGGGUGGUGCCGAUGAGAGUGAAGAUCCGAGAAAGGCAGCCCUAAGAGAAUUGAGAGAGGAAACUGGUGUUCCUUCAGCUCAAUUUCUUGCGGAGGCAUGUUUGAUAUUCACUUCAAUAGAUAUGAAUGACAUAUAAAUUGUUUAUUCUCAUAAAUAUUUCACUGAAAG